AUGGCCGAGGGAGCAGCGGUGGCUGAGGGGAGCACGGUUACAGAUCGAGAAUGGCUCUUGAGGAGGGUGCAGGAGCUGGAGGAGGAGGUGAAGUGGCUGCAGGAGAAGCUCCGAGAGGAUAAGGAGGAUGCAGGGAGAAAAGAGGCUCCUCCGGCUGCCGGAAAAACCAGAAAACGCCACCAGCGGCCCUUUGAUUUCGACGCUUACGGCCGCAGGCACGUGGCUCUGAAAAUCGCCUACCUGGGCUGGGGCUACCAGGGCUUCGCCAGCCAGGAGAACACCAGCAACACCAUCGAGGAGAAAAUCUUCGAAGCUUUGAAGAAAACACGGCUGGUAAACGACAGACAGACAUCCAACUACCACCGCUGCGGACGGACGGACAAAGGAGUCAGCGCCUUCGGACAGGUGAUUUCCCUCGAUCUCCGCUCAAACUUGGUGGAGGGGAAGAAGUUAAACGGCCACGAGGUUGAGGAAGAGCUCCGCUACACCCAUAUUCUCAACAGGGUGCUCCCGCCCGACAUCCGGGUGCUGGCGUGGGCACCUGUGGAGCCCCAUUUCAGUGCCAGGUUCAGCUGCCUCAAGAGGACGUACCGAUAUUUCUUCCCCUGCGCGGAUUUGGACGUGACCCUCAUGGACGCCGCGGCCCAGAGGUACGUGGGGACUCACGAUUUCCGAAAUCUGUGUAAAAUGGACGUCGCCAAUGGGGUGGUGAACUUCCAGAGGACGAUUCUCAGCGCCGGAGUGACAUGGGUGGAGAGAGGAGGAGGAGAAGCGGGGCUGCAGGACCCUUUCCAUCUGUGCCAGUUUGAAGUGACGGGUCAAGCGUUCCUCUAUCACCAAGUCCGCUGCAUGAUGGCCAUUCUCUUCCUCAUCGGCCAGGGGAUGGAGAAGCCGGAGAUCAUUGACGAGCUGCUGGAUGUGGAGAAGAACCCCCGAAAACCGCAGUACAGCAUGGCAGUCGAGUUUCCCCUCGUCCUGUACAACUGCGAAUUCGAAAACCUUCAGUGGCUCUACGACCGCGAAGUGCAGGAAUUCAACGUUACCCACCUCCAGCAGCUCUGGGCCAGCCACGCCGUCAAAACUCAAGUGCUGCGGAACAUGCUGCGAGGGCUCGACGCUGCUCCCGUGGCUGCUGGGAAAAGCUCAGGGAACAGCACGACCAUCCUGUGGGGAGACGCGAAGCCUCUGCUCUGCAGCCAA